UCCCGGCGAGUUCCGGGCUGGGCGGCUUAGGGCGGAGCAGCAACAUGGCGGCGCCUGGAGCUGGUGACCCUUUGGAUGCUAAGGAUGGAAAUGCCCCAUUCGCUCAGCGCAUCGACCCGUCGCGGGAUAAAUUGACCCCAGCGCAAGUGCAGUUUAUGCGUCAGGUGCAACUUUCCCAGUGGCAGAAAACACUGCCACAGCGGCGGACCCGGAACAUUGUGACCGGCCUGGGCAUCGGAGCCGUGGUCUUAGCUAUUUAUGGUUAUACCUUCUAUUCAGUGGCUCAGGAGCGUUUCCUUGAUGAGCUGGAAGAUGAGGCCAAAGCUGCCCGAGCCCGAGCUCUGGAGAGGGAGAGAGCAUCGGGACCCUAACUGUACGAACCGUCUUCAAACUGCCGGAGCUCCUGUACCCCUUAAAUAAUGCCUGGCGAUCUCACAGCAUCACUGGCUUAACUAACUUCGAACUAUGAUUGAGCCCAAGAAGCCAGAGACUGUGCGUUUGGCCACUGCCAGAGGGGGGGGGGGGUUGCUCAUUUCACAUGCAGUUUGUACAGUUACUGAACCUUCUGAUUUCCUUGUUCGAGAGGUAUGCGACCUUGCCUUUCCUCAAACUUUGUGGUUUACCCCUUCACCUCCCAGGGGCCCAACUAUUAAGAGGGAGGGUGUGGUGUAUCUGCAGAGUUGGAACCUUCAGUGGGAAAGAUGGGGUCAAGUGAAGAGAAAUAAAAUGAGUCAUCUCUCCUGAA